CCAGAUUUCAAAACUCUCAAACCAUUUUUAGUGCUCAUACUGAUCGGACAUAUAAUAUUCCGUAUCAUAUUAUUCACAUUUUUUUUGUGCAACUUCACAUAUUGUUUAAAUUAUAUUUGUUCCACCCGGUAAAACGUGGAUAAGUUUUUGGCCAAAUGUCAUCAAAUGAGAAUAAGGAGCCGGUAAAGGCCAAACACGAGGCCGACCAGCAGAACCCAGAGGGGAGCCGCAAUCCCAACAUGCAGUCAAAUGCUGAGAAAGAGAACCCUCUACAAGGCUAUGACAUAGCGCUCCUGGCGCCCAUUGAGCGCGAAUACUUUAUGCGCAUCAAUCGAAAGGAGCAGUCGACGAGUGUGAAACAGCCGGAAAAUUGGAGGGCCCGGCCACCGCUAUCCCCAGCCGAGCCAUCACGCAACAGGAGUGGCACUUAUGGGGCACGUGGUAGUGCAUCUGGAGCUGAGGAUCAUCUUCUAGACGACGAUGAACUAUUUUCCAACUCUUUCGAGUCGGGCCCCGUGUAUCAGGAGCAGCCGGACUAUGCCUUGGUUCUGACUUGGUCCUCCUACCUUAAGGAACGUCAUGCCACCAUUUGUGGAGUAUGUACACCAUUGGGGAUGUAUCCAGCUGAGAGCAGGCCACCAAUUGAAAACUGGCGCGAUCGCCCAGCACCACAAUCAGCAAUAGAUGCAGGAGCCGCUCCAGGCAGCAGCUGGCGCCGACACUUAGAUCACAACAAUGAUCGCCUCCAGUCGAACUCGAGAAACUACAAUCAAGGCAAUAGCAACCAGGGGCAUCGCGGCACUCCUGCCGCAGAACCGUCCCGUGGCAGCCAGGGGCAACAGACGCGCGUCCGCUCGGAAUUCCAGGGCCACCAGCAGUGGGAUCGGGAGCGGGAGCCCCGCCAGAACCAUGGGCCGCAUGGCCAUCGCAACCAGUGGACUAACUCUGGCUUUUACGAUCCACCGACACGCAACGAUGGCCGCAAUUACCACGGCCGAAACCAAAACCAAAACCAAAACCAAGCACCGGGAAACCGAGGGAACCCAAAUGGCUUGAACGGCGCCACAGGAGGGCAGGCCGCCCAUCGCCGAGGAGAGGCCUUUCGGGGAUUGAGCUCGAUCAGCGGAUUCCAGCGGUCUCCAAGCUUUGGCUCGUCUUUCAAUGACCGUCCUCCUCCAGGCAAUGGCGCCACCCCUGGACGACGCGCCUCGUCGUAAUACAAAUUACAAUUACAAUAAUUAAAUUGUCAAACAUU